AAAAAUAUCUUCAUAAUUUUGAAGAGAAUGGACAACAAGAUUGUUGAUUUUUGAGUUAGUGGUUUGUGUUACUUACUGCGCUUUAAAUUGUUGUUUGAUUGUUUAAAUUUCAGUUUUAUCAAUUACUUGCUCAGUAACAAAAUGGUCAAAAUAAUAAGACAUUUAUUUAUGAAGUUGCAGAAGUAAAUGCGGCAGCCAAAGUUCGAUACGAGGUCGAUGUCCUCUUGGUCCAACAGCACUGGCCGUCGCACUGUGAACCUUAUCGGAGACUCGAACUUCCUCCAGGGACACGAGCAACUGUGGCCCAAGUUAUUCUAUCCACACCGAGCCGGCAAGAUGUCCACCUCCGGAGAUGCUCUCAACUCUCCCAGCUACCUCUCCUGGCGCAAGUUACAGCUGAGUCGGGCCAAACUCAAGGCUUCCAGCAAGACCUCUGCUCUUCUCUCCGGGUUCGCAAUGGUGGCGAUGGUAGAAGUCCAGCUGAGCAAUGAAACGCAUGUCCCUCCCGCGAUGCUGAUAGCUUUUGCAGUCUGCACUACGCUGCUGGUCGCCGUCCACAUGCUGGCAUUGAUGAUCAGCACCUGUAUCCUGCCCAACAUCGACGCAGUGUGUAACCUCCACUCCAUCUCACUUGUACACGAGUCUCCUCACGAGAGACUCCACUGGUACAUCGAGACGGCCUGGGCGUUCUCCACGUUGUUGGGCCUGCUUCUGUUCCUCUUCGAGAUCGCGAUCCUCUGCUGGGUCAAGUUCUAUGACUUCUCCCGCGUCGCCGCCUGGUCCGCCUCCAUCAUUCUGAUCCCGGUCCUCAUAAUCUUCUGCGUCUUCGCCAUCCACUUCUACCGUUCCCUGGUGACGCACAAGUACGAGGUCACCGUUUCCGGUAUCCGAGAACUGGAGUUGUUGAAGGAGCAGAUAGAAGCGGGUGACAUGGAGGGUAGGGUGAACGGGAUGUCCCUUAUCGGCGCGACAGGAACGACGCAGAUCGUCUGACCGACCGACCAAACAGAUCUGAGUGCUAAAUCUCUUACUUAAUUAAACCUUAGAGCCAAUUGAUUAAUUGUGAUAUAAUUAUAUUAUUGGAUAGUUUCUUCUCUUGUUGUGUAUAUUUUUAGUUUAAUGACAAUGUUGUGGUACGCUUCUAGCUAAUUAUUUUAAUGUUAUGUAAUUAUAAUUAUUUUUUAUUUGUUAUACAUUGAUUCUGUGUAACUUUAAUUAGUUUUAUUUUAUUUUUAGUGUUUUUUCCACUUGCCCGUGAGCUUUGUUUGUGCACAGUUUAUCAAAAAAUUAUAUUUGAAUAGUAAACCUUAUUGGAUAAGACUGAAUGAAACGGUUCUAUUAUAUAUUAUUGAAUUUCCAUCACAUUAACAUAAUAUUUUACAUUUUAGAUUUUUGUUCACUUGUGUACAUAAUUUGUUUUAUUAGUUCUUGGAGAAUAUAUAUAUUUAUAUUGUUUUGUCCAGCAACCUAAUCUUGUACAAUAUAAUUAAUUACUAAUAGGAAUAUAUAAACUGUAUAUAUUAAAAUGUUUGUACAUCAACAAUUACUGUUCUAAACUAUUAAGUGACCUUAUGAGGGAAUAUUGCAAUAAAAAAAGAUAAAUAAUGAA